GGGGCCGCCGUGCUCACCGACCUGACACGAGCUUCGCUGUCACCGCAGGUUCAGUCACGGCGGAGAUCUUGACCAUCAUGAACGAAACACUUCACGCGUUUGACUUCGAGCGUCAGUUUGACGACCGAGCGGCGAAUGAAUGGUUUCAGGUGAACAGCGGUCUGUCGUUUGUGUUUUCUGGCACAUAUGCGGCUGGGAUAUACUUCGGCCGUGUGUUUAUGAAGGACAGACAAAAGUUUGACCUGCGGACUCCUCUCAUGCUCUGGUCUUUGUGUCUGGCUGUGUUCAGUGCGAUCGGUGCCGUGAGGACGAGCUGGUACGUGAUUAAUCUUCUGUCAUCGGACGGGUUCCAUCAGACUGUGUGUGACACAGCGUUCUUCGGCGACCCCGUCAGCAAGUUCUGGGCGUUCGCUUUUACCAUCAGUAAAGUCCCUGAGCUCGGUGACACUGUGUUCAUCGUUCUUCGUAAGCAGCGUUUGAUUUUCUUGCACUGGUAUCAUCACAUCACAGUUCUUCUCUACACCUGGUACUCAUACAGAGACCGUGUGGCCGGAGGCUGCUGGUUCAUGUCCAUGAAUUACACCGUUCACGCCGUCAUGUACGGUUAUUACGCAGCGAAAGCCGGCGGUCUGCGCGUGCCGAGGCCGGUGGCCGUUCUGAUCACAGCGCUGCAGAUCGUGCAGAUGAUUGUGGGCUUCAGCCUGAUGGGACUGAUGUUCAGAUGGAGAGACGAGGUCCACUGCGUGGCCAACACAAACAACCUGAUAUAUGGAUCUGUCAUGUAUCUGAGUUACCUGCUGCUCUUCUCUUCCUUCUUCUAUCAGUCGUACAUCAGAGGAGCCGCCGGGCCGGACCACAAGAGACCAAUGAAACGAGAGUAAGAACGGCGCUGUGAGCUCAGUGUGCACAUCUGAGAGUGACUGCGAUGAAUCGAUGCUGAUGUGAGAAAUAAACAUCAUCAUCAUCAGACUAGAUAUGACUGAACAUUAGUCUGUACCACUUCUGAUUGUUUUAAUCUGCUCAGGAGUGAAGAGUUUUUGAUUUGUAAAGAAGUUUUUAAUCAUCACAAGUGGAAAUACUCAGGGCAAACACUUUAAUAACAUUUGUUGAUUUGUUUUGAUAAUGUUUAAAUGGUAAGAGAGCAAGGAGUUGAUAUACUGUAACACUGAUUGGUCAUGUGACACUUUCCUGUAAUUUCUUGUUAUUUUGGUGAAACACUGUUUACUCUGUGUCUGAUGAUCAGAACAUGUGUGAGAUCAGAUUUUCAUGACCGGAGAGUGUACACUAGUCAGGGUUCAUUCGGAUGAACGCCAGCGCUGUAGAAAUGUUGCAACACCUGUUCAGGUGAGAUAGUCGUCACAGAGAUUCUCCCGCAUCUGUUAAUCCAUCCAUCUCUAAAACCUCAUUAUUUGACUUGUUAUUCGUGUAACAUUAAAAAACAACUAAUAAACAACAUAUUGUGUGCAACUUGU